AACCUCUGGGCAGGAUCAGGGACUCACCUGUUCCACUAAUAGACCCACACACAGGUGAAUCCCAUCACAGCCUGAUGGGGGUGAUUGUGCAGACCAGUAUCUGAACUGGUUUAAAGACAGACUGAACCAGUAUGAGGAGGUGGAUCAGCUGGAGACAAAGUCAGUCUGUGGUUCAUCCGCUCUCAGCGUGAAGAAGAAGAGGUUUAACGAUCAUCGAAGAGGAAGAACAAACCACAAAGUUUCUCACAACAUUUAUCCCCUUCAUUAUUUUCACCUUCAAAACAAAAGUUCAGAUUUUUCAGAUCAACAGUGAAAAUAUCUGAACAAGAUUAAAGACAGAAACAUGUUCCUGAGUCAUUAAAUGAUCUGAUUAUUUUUACCGGUUUUAUUAUCUGAGUUUAUUUUCCCUGAAGUUCAGUCUGUCAGGUUCAGUUUGACCGUUUACCUCCUGUUUUCUGUUUGUUUCCUGUUUUAUUUUGUAGGAGUUGAUUCUUUGUUUAUUUCCUGUUUUACUUUGUAGGAGUUGAUUCUUUGUUUAUUUCCUGUUUUAUUUUGUAGGAGUUGAUUCUUUAUUUCCUGUUUUAUUUUGUAGGAGUUGAUUCUUCAUUUCCUGUUUUAUUUUGUAGGAGUUGAUUCUUCAUUUCCUGUUUUAUUUUGUAGGAGUUGAUUCUUUAUUUCCUGAUUUAUUUUGUAGGAGUUAAUUCUUUGUUUAUUUCCUAUUUAAUUUUGGAGGAGUUGAUUCUUUGUUUAUUUCCUGUUUUAUUUUGUAGGAGUUAAUUCUUUGUUUAUUUCCUGUUUUAUUUUGUAGGAGUUGAUUCUUUAUUUCCUGUUUUAUUUUGUAGGAGUUGAUUCUUUAUUUCCUGUUUUAUUUUGGAGGAGUUGAUUCUUUGUUUAUUUCCUGUUUUAUUUUGGAGGAGUUGAUUCUUUGUUUAUUUCCUGUUUUAUUUUGUAGGAGUUGAUUCUUCAUUUCCUGUUUUAUUUUGUAGGAGUUGUUUAUCUCUCAUCAGUCUCACCUGUGUCUGUUCUUGUUGGUUCGUUGUUUGUCUGUUUGUGUUUUUGUGUUUUUGUGUUUUUGUCACUUUACUUUUUUUUUUUUUUCUUCAGUGAUUUUUUUUAUUUGGACAUUUUAAAGUUUUUAUUUUUUUUUCUUUUAUUUCUUUUUAAUCUCCUUUUUUUAUUUUUGAGUCCUUCUCCUCCGUUGACCCCUGACCUCAUGAUAAACCUGUUUUUAUUGUCUGUGGAGGGUCUGUGUCUCAGCAGGGAGUCGUUCAGUGUCUGUAAAUAUCAAUAUCAUCUUUUUAACUCUUUCAUUUCUUUAUUUAUGUGCUGCUGUAAUUAAAACGGACGUUAAUGAAGGAAUAUCUUGUUUUGUCUCUUAGCUGGAGGGCUGAGGUUCAGCGUGUCCUUUGGUAAGACUCUGACAGUGAGUGUGAGAUGUGAAGAAGAAGAGACAGAAGAUCUGAGCUCAUCUUCAUCACCUGUACAGGUAACAUCUGCUGUCAACAUCAGAAAAACUCCUCGUUCUCACAGUGUCUCAUAACUCAGAGCAGACUCAGGGGGGACCAACUUCCUUUCAUUGAUUUAUUCACUCACUCGUUUCUGCCGAAGUAAAGAUGAACAGAGCAGGUCUGCAGGUCUUCCUCUGAGGACCAGGACCCACCUCAGAUCAGAGCCUGAGUCCAGAGGACGCUCAGACACCGAGAGGUUUUAGUCAUAAACUGAAGGAGACGUUUUUAAACGUCCUCCAUGAAGGUGUGUUGGACCUCCAGCUGCCAAGUAGGGGAGACCGGGGUACGUUGAGCCCCCUCCCCUGUUUCUUGUAAAUGGUCAAAGAAAUUGAUCAUGUGACCAAAUCUUACGGAGAUGGUCGUCAGUUCAUGGAGUCAGUGAAGGUUUGAAGCUCAUGGGUGAAGAAGAGGUUCGAGAUUUAAAGUGAAUUUAGUCUUUAGUCGUCAGUUUGAUUAGAAAUAAAGAUCUUAAAUGAGUUUUAUCAUCAGCUGUGGUUUCUGUGAGCUCCAACAUGAGGUCAGAAAUAUUAAAGUCCACCAUUUAAUCCUGGAGGACUAAUAAAGUCUUCAUCGUAGUUCAGGGGGAACAGAGACAGUAAAGAAGGAUCAGAGUUUACAGAUCUGUGGAUCUUCUCUUACAGACGUUCUCAUCUUCUGAUGUUGUUUUUUUAGCAGUUAUAUGAAAUAAUAAUAAAAAGAAUGAUUGUACCAGUUGAAUAGAGUAUUUUAAAUAAUUGUAUUUAAAUUAAUUUAAAUACAAACGUUCUCCUGUCUUGAAUGAAAAGGAGCAGAAAGAGGACUAAUCUUAUUAAUCUGCCCCCUUUAAAUGUUUGACUUGGAUUCUUUGACGUCUUUGUUCAGAUUGUUAUUUUUACAGAAAUACAACGUUCCUUCAGUUUGAAUGAAUAUGAAGAAGUGACUGUUACGUGACUGAAAUACAACAACAUCAUUAUUUAUCAUGUGAAAUGUGAUCAUUCUCAUCCCUCCAUUUAUCCACCGACUUCUCCUCCAUUUCAUCCAGUCACACUCAGCACCUUCUGCAUCACUUCUUCACUUGGUAAAUAUCUCAGUUUGUCUCUCUUACUUUUAUUCCUCCUUUAAUAAAUAUAUUUGUUUGUGUCGUUGUUUUAUUGUCUUCCUCUCAGAACUUCUUGUGUGUUUUAUCUGUUCUCCUCUGAGUCGAGCGCUCCUCUAGUCCAGGGCGUUUCAUCACAUCGUUGACCUUGUUUAACGUGAACAUGUACCCGGGGUAAGUUGACCAUAGGAGACCCUGUUUUUGUUGUCCUGCUGUAUGAUGACAGUUCAGUUUACAGGGAUGAAGAACAUCCUGAAAUAUCUGCAGAGACUCGAUCAUGAUCAUCUCACCCCUCCAUCUCUACAGCGUCACAGGCUGGUUGUCGUCAGUCAGACUGAAAUGUCAGUGUGUGUUUUUUUUCACGUCCUCCUCCAGAUGAACCACUUUGACAUAAACAUGUUCAGAGUGAGAUUUCAUGUAAAAUAUUAAACAGGCUUUAAAUCCUCACUGCAGGUUCACUCUUCACUCAUAUAUAAAACACACUGACCAGAAAAAACACGUCUCACUAUAGAAAUACCAUGAUUAUCUAAAACUACAGAAACAGCUCUGAGGAGAUUACCGUAAUACAGUUAAUAGAACCUCAUUUAAAAAAACAAAAACAGCUUUUUUUUUAGAGGCUGUUGCAGUUUUUUUCUCGCAGGGCUUUCCUCCCUCUGUGCGGUCCCUCCCUCCUCCCUCCUCCCUCCUCCCUCCUCCCUCCUCCCUCCCUCCUUCCUCCUCCCUCCUCCCCUCCCUUCCCGUCCCUCCCUCUCUCUCUCUCCUCGCUGUAAAAGGGAACUAAGUGCCGGAGCCCCGGUGUCCCGCCCCUGACUCCUCUUGUCCCGUCCGUGAAGCAGCAGCAGCAGCAGCAGCAGCAGUCCUGUCCUCCUCCUCGUCCCCGGACCUGCUGCUGCGCCCCGGUCUCCUCCUCCCUCCUCCUGAACCCUGACCCCGCUGACUGAGAAAAGUAGUUUUGAUGGAAAGAAAGGCUCCAAGUUCAGGUACGGCUGACUCUUAUUUUCACUCUGAUUUCACAGAAGUGGGAGAUUCUCUGAGAGUGAAUCUCCCACAUAGAUCUAGACCUACAUAGAUGUGUUUGGAUCAGGUUUUAGGUUUGGACUUGUUGCCUCUCCGUGUUUGCCCGCGCCGCUCUGUAAUUCGAUUCCUCUGCUAAUAAUCCACGAAGUGACAGCAGCAGCGGCGGCGGCGGCUCGCGCUUCUUCACUCUCUCCAGCUGAAACCAUUUCCUGUGUGAGCGCUAUUGAUUUUCUCUCUUCCUCCAGGAGACUAAUGUGCUCCACAAACACAGCCCUUAAAUGUGGCCUCCUCCUCCUCCUCCUCCUCCUCCUCCUCACCCUCCUCCUCACCCUCCUCACCCUCCCCCUGAAUAAAUGCAUCAGUCCCCCCCCCCCCUCGCCUGUCUGAAAAUGCUUGUUGCACAUUUUCUUGUCAUAAAAUCUAUAACGCUGACAGACUUCCUCUCUCGUUGUGAUAACUCUGCACCAUCAGGACCAUGGGGUACGGGCAAUUCCUCCACCCGCGGGGCAGCCAGGAGGACCAGAUCCACCUCAACGUGGGAGGUGUCCGGCACAAAGUGGACCCGGGGACCCUGCUCCGGUUCCCUCACACGCGGCUGGCUCGUCUGCUGCGCUGUCGGAGCGAGGCGGCGAUCCUAGAGCUGUGCGACGACUACAACCCGGCGGAGAGGGAGUUCUACUUCGACAGGAACCCGCGGGUCUUCCUCUGUGUCCUCAACUUCUACAACACGGGACAGAUCCACACGAUGGAGGAGCUGUGCGUCUUCUCCUUCAGCCAGGAGAUCGAGUACUGGGGGAUCCAGGAACUUCACCUGAGUUCCUGCUGCAGUAACUGGUACCAUGAGAGGAAGGAGUACAUGGAGGACCGGGACUGGGACAUCCGGAGCGACGACCAGCAGCAGCCCAGCCUGGACUCGUCCUUCGAGGAGCUCUCGGCUCUGGACAAAGACCUGGCCAAGUUUAAAGGGGCGUGGUGUGGCGAGGUCAGGAGCUACAUUUGGCUUCGGCUGGAGGAUCCGGGUCACUCGACGGCGUCCAAGGUUAUCGCCGUGGCCUCCCUCAGCGUGGUCUUGACCUCCAUUAUCGCCAUGUGCGUCCACAGCAUGCCCGAGUUCCAGCGCCUGGACGAAAACGAAAGACCCAUCGAGGAUCCGGUCCUCGCCGUCCUUGAGGUGAUCUGCAUCGCCUGUUUCUCGGCUGAGUUCAUCAUCAGACUGAUCGUCGCUCCGUCCCGCAGGAAGUUCCUCGGGAACCCUUUGAACAUCAUCGACGUGGCUUCCAUUUUGCCGUUUUACGCCACGUUAGCUCUGGAGACAGCCGAUGAGGAAACCGCCGAGGAGAGCGAGGACUUGGAGAACGUGGGGAAGGUGGUGCAGGUUCUGCGCCUGAUGAGGGUCCUUCGUAUCCUCAAACUGGCCCGCCACUCCAUCGGACUGCGAGCGCUGGGAGCGACGGUCCGCCACAGCUACCACGAGGUGGGUCUGCUGCUGCUCUUCCUCUCCGUGGGGAUCUCCAUUUUCUCGGCGCUGAUCUACUUUGCGGAGAAAGAGGCUCAGAGCACGGAUCUGGGGACCAUCCCCUCAGGGUGGUGGUGGGCUACCAUCACCAUGACGACGGUGGGUUACGGAGACACCUGCCCGGUGACGCUGCCGGGGAAGAUCGUGGCGACUCUGUGUAUCGUCUGUGGACUGUUGGUGGUCGCUCUGCCCAUCACCAUCAUCUUCAACAAGUUCUCCAAGUACUACCAGAGGAACAAAGCCAUGGAGGGCAAGUGUGAACCCAAACCCGAGAGACCGGACCCAGAACUGCCCCACUACAACAUCAGAGAGCUCUUCACCGGGACCAUGUACCCCUUCAUCGGAGGACUGUCCUUCAGAAACAGUCUGAGCAGCGCCGGAGACGACACGGACGCCUCCAGUCUGCAGGACAUGGAGGUCUACAACAACGACACCUGUGAGAAAUGAGGUUCCUCUCAGACCCGCCUCCCUGACCUCCUCCUGACCCAGACACCGGGACCACAGACUCUAUUUACUCCUCGUCCCGCCAGGAUACUGAAGCUGAAACGUUCUCCGUAAUUCCGUGUUUUUUUCUCCGUUGACGCUGUGAUGACGCUCCGGGUGAGCUACACAAUCUUGGUACUGCAGCCCGUCACCAGAGGGCGCUGUUCUCACAGAGAGGAGGCAGACGGCGUCUAUUCUCUGACCGGGACCAUCAGCUGUGAAAUCUAAACCCAGUAAGUCUUGAGGGACUCAUCUGAACCUUCCUCAGAGCUCUGAGAGUCCAUUUUCUGCCCGAGAGAGCGGCGGCGGCGAUGAUGCAUGUGAGCGGACGCCAUAAUGUUGAUGUUUGUUCAGAGUAAUGCUCCGUAUUGAUUCAGCCGCCAAGUUCAGACUCUCUGGGAGCAGAAGUCUUCGCUGAUGUCUGCAUGAACAGAGAGGAUCAUGGGAGUGCGUCUCUGGGUCAGGGGUUCGGAGCAUGCUCAGUGAAGUAAAACUCAGCCAAUCAGGUUUCUGCGUGUCGUAGCUGGACUCCCUCACAGACAGGUGGAGGUGAAGUUUAACCCCUGAACUGCUGGAACGGCUGCAUGAAUUCAAUCUUUAAUCAACAUGGAGGCUCCGCCCCCGUCUGUCCCUGAAGGGAUCGACUUCCUGUCUCCUGUUAUCUUCUCCGCUUGGAUGAGCGGCUGUCCUUCAGUGGACUCAGAGACGUUCUCUCUGCGGGGGUCUCUCAGGGCUGGACAACGAGCAGAAACAUCUCUGACCCUCCACCCCCGACUAAAUUCAUCUGGAAGGUUGGAGCUGGUUGAUUUCACGUCCUAAUCUGAGGAUUAGGGGAGGCGGGUGAGGACGUGGACGUUUGAGGACAUGGACGUGUGAGGACAGACUGACAGGACCCUCG